AUGGCAGGAUGCUGUGAAGGCCGCGACACCCAGAACUGCGGAUGGGCUAGCUCCUGCGUCGACUUUGUUUCUUAUUCUGCUGGAAGUUGUGGCAGCAACUGUCUCAUCGAUCCUCUUGUGAGGAAGUGUACGAACGCUGCAGCGCCUUACUGCGUUACCUGGACAUACCCCUCUGACGGCGUGGAGGAUUUCGGCUGUGACAGUGUCUCAACGGGUUCAAUCAUUACCGUUCGACAGACAGCACAGGACGGCUUCAGCGGUUCGACGAGCACACGACUACCAACCGUCACUGCCGGCGCCGUCACGGAAACCACAGGGACUUCAGGUUCAGGGACUUCGGGAUCAUACACCACGCCGUCCUCAAGAACAAGCAAGAAACUCGCCAUCGGCGCCAUCAUCGGCAUCGUACUCGCCGUGCUCGGACUCGCUUUCCUCGCCAUCGUUGGCGUAUGCAUCUGCAUGAAGCGCAAGAAGAAGCAAAAGCAAAUUGCUGCAAAUGCUCAACUUAUGGCCAACGUCCAAGCCAGCCGCCCAGAAUCCCAAUUCCAGCCGCAAAUGCAGAUGCAGCAAGGUCCGCCUCAACCUAUGCCUCCCCAGAGCCCGCCGCCACCAAUGAACGGAUACUUUCCACCCCCGAACCCGCAAGAGCAGAAAUACACCGGCCACACGUCUGUCCAAGAGUACAAGGUCUCGCCGGUGGCGUCGAAUGCAACAACGCCGGCUCCCGCAUAUGUGCAGCCAUAUAUGGCUUCAAAUGCCCCGCCGAUGCCUCACCCGGGACAGUAUCAGCCGCCGGCGAACGGGGCGCAUGAGGUUGCUUCGCCCGUGGAGGGACAGUAUGGUGGGCAGUAUCAGGCUCCGCUGAAUGGUGCUCAUGAGGUGCCUUCGCCUCCUAUCUCGGAACAGUAUGGUGGUCAGUAUCAGCCACCGGCGAAUGGCGCGCAUGAGGUGCCUUCGCCACAUACUUCGCCGCCGCCGCAACAGCAGUUUUCGGCGCCGGCCGCGGGAGCGCAUGAGAUGAGUGCGCCUGGGAAGACGGGGCCGGUGUAUGAGAUGGGUGGGAGAUAG